AUGUGCCCACCACCACUCUCCUCAGAGGAAGGCUGGACCUCAUCAUCUCCGGCCCCCUCAUCUUCGUCGAAAAUUACCCAAAAAGGGGCAGCAGAAUCUGGAAAGGGCUUCUCUUCUCAAAUUUUAGAUCAAACACACAUGCCUAUCUCGGAGAGCCUACCCAAUACCUACCAGCUCUACAUCGAAGGUCAAACAGUAGUCAUCCCCACUGACCCUGUCGAGAGUUUCCGCUUCAUUCGCGAGCAGACAAUGGCAUCCUAUCGUGCCAUCGUCUCCGGUACCUCGACUACGCGAGAACAAGCUCUCACCUUCGGCCACGUCGUUUCUGAACCUAAUGGUGGUAGCAGAAAAUUGGCUUUUUCUGAGCCUCUUCUUCCAGGCGCUGCUGUUAGCACUGGCGAUGCCGGGAACAAGGCGGAUGAUCACGUCCCUGCUGAGGCCAUCCCGAUCUCAGACUCUCCCAGCCCACCCCAUCUAUCUGCGCGCAAACGUAUGAAGGUUCCUCAACCUGAGCCCCCCCCUUCUCGACCUCCAUCCCGCGCUACCGCUACCCACUCAGAACGCACGAGCAUGGCGUUUAAGUGUAAAAGUGGGUUCAUAGGCGAUUUUGCGGAUCCCUACGAUGUCAGGAGAAAGACUGGGAUGUCGGUGUCUUGA